AUGGCGACUCUUCCUUCGGAAACAUCUUUAUGUAUUAUUGUGUACGAUUGGUUCUCAUUCAUUUGUUUUACUCGCCGACUUUUGCCCGAGGAGCAUGAAGCCGACGUCCUCGUCCGUGAGAGCAGAGCUGUGAGCCACUUCAAAGGGCUCUACGAUUUUCUCCAGCAACGCGAUGCCACGGUGUUCUGCAAGUACCUCCGUCGCGCAGAGGUCGAGGAUGUUCUCGUGUCCCUUCAGGCCUUCACGAUCUUCGCCCCCAACGAUAUGGCCUUUGCAGCACUACCCGCUAGUCUUCUCAAGAAGAUUGAGAGCGACAAGCGGUUCCUCAGAACGUUUGUGCUGCACCAUAUCGCCGGCGAUGCUGUAUCCAGCAGAUCACUGAAGGGCGAACUCGAGAUCACCACCCUAAGUGGAGACAACCUCCUUGUCAAGGUCUAUGACAACGGCAGGACGAUCUCCAUUGCUGGUGGGAACAUCAUCCAAGGAGACACGAACUUCGAGAACGUCGUCCUCCACAUCGUGGACCGAGUACUCUACCCGUUCGCCGAAAGCGUGCUGCCUCAGACUAUUCAAUCGAAAUACGGCUACUUCUACAAGCUCCUGCAGUCGGCCGGUCUCGUCCAGGUCUUGAACAGUGACCUGUACACUGUCUUCAUACCGACUCAAGAUGCGAUCAACAGCCUCCCAGCCGACACGUCCAAGGCCAUUCUUUCGGACAGUACCCUUCUCAAACGAGUUCUCUCCCACCACAUUGUUCCUGGACUCCAAUUCAGCGGCGUCUUCAAGGAUGGAGCCACACUCACGCCGCUCGACGGCGAAGUCAUGCGUGUCACAACCCAAGCCGGUCAAAUCUUCAUUGACGGUGUCCCGUUUGUUAACUACGACGAAGGUGCCACCAACGGAGUCAUUCACCUCGUCAACAGGGUACUUAUGCCCAAGAGCGUCAUUGAAGACUGUGGCUGCUUUGCCUCAAAGGACGACGUCUCGCUCAUCGGUCAAAAGCUAACCAUCCAAGGGCCCACGCUCGUCGGCCAGCAGCUGCCUGGCAUUACACAGCAACAUGUUCUGCUCCCGGGGACAGUUUCCACGGUGUCUGGCCUCACCACUCGCGUCAUCUCUCCUGGCGGAGUAGUCUCCCUUCACCCUGGCCUUGCUCCGCAUCUUCCCGGUCAAAACCCUCAAAAUAUUCUAAAAUAUGGACCAGGUGGCCCAAGUGGACCUGGUGGACUAAGGGGACCAAGCGGACCAAGCGGACCAUUCGGACCAGGUGGACCAAGAGGACCAAGUGGACCAUUUGGACCAGGGGGCCCAAGUGGACCUGGUGGACCAAGAGGACCCAGCGGACCACUCGGACCGGGUGGACCAAGUGGACCAGGAGGCCCAAGUGGACCUGGUGGACCAAGAGGACCCAGCGGACCAUUUGGACCAGGUGGCCCAAGUGGACCUGGUGGCCCAAGUGGACCUGGUGGACCAAGAGGACCAAGCGGACCUGGUGGGCCAAGAGGACCAAGUGGACCGUUUGGACCAAGCGGACCAGGCGGUCCAAGCGGUCCACGGGGACCAAGCGGACCAUUUGGACCUGGUGGUCCAGGUGGACCACGAGGUCCAAGUGGACCAUUUGGCCCCGGAGGCCCAAGUGGACCAAGUGGGCCAUUCGGACCUGGUGGCCCAAGUGGUCCACGCGGACCAAGCGGACCAUUCGGACCUAGUGGACCAAGUGGUCCAAGCGGACCAUUCGGACCCGGCGGCCCAAGUGGCCCACGGGGACCAAGCGGACCUGGUGGACCAGGUGGACCGAGAGGCCCAAGCGGACCAUUCGGACCUGGUGGACCAGGUGGACCAAGGGGACCUAGUGGACCAAGCGGACCAUUCGGACCUGGUGGUCCAGGCGGGCCAAGGGGACCAAGCGGAACAUUCGGACCUAGUGGGCCGGGUGGCCCGAGCGGACCAUUCGGUCCUGGCGGCCCAGGAGGACCAAGAGGCCCAGGUGGUCCAUUCGGCCCAGGUGGCCCAAGCGGACCAAGUGGACCAAGGGGACCAGGAGGACCAAGUGGCCCAAGUGGACCGAGAGGACCUAGUGGACCAUUCGGACCAGGAGGCCCAGGAGGACCAAGAGGCCCAGGAGGACCAAGUGGCCCAAGCGGACCAAGAGGGCCAAGUGGACCAAGGGGACCAGGUGGACCAAGAGGACCAAGUGGGCCAUUCGGGCCUGGUGGGCCAAGCGGACCGGGUGGUCCUAGCGGACCAAGAGGACCAAGCGGACCAUUCGGACCAGGAGGCCCAGGCGGACCAAGGGGCCCAGGCGGACCAAGUGGUCCAUUCGGCCCUGGUGGACCAAGUGGCCCCCGUGGCCCAAGUGGACCGAGAGGACCAAGUGGGCCAUUCGGGCCUGGUGGACCAAGCGGACCAGGUGGUCCCAGCGGACCUAGGGGACCGAGUGGACCAUUCGGACCAGGUGGCCCCGGAGGCCCAAGUGGGCCAAGAGGACCAAGUGGCCCAAGCGGACCGAGAGGACCAAGUGGGCCAUUUGGACCUGGUGGACCAGGCGGACCGAGGGGACCAAGCGGACCAGGUGGUCCUAGCGGCCCAAGCGGACCAAGGGGACCAAGCGGACCAUUCGGACCAAGGGGACCAAGCGGACCAUUCGGACCAGGUGGCCCUGGCGGCCCAAGCGGACCAAGGGGACCAAGCGGACCGUUUGGGCCAGGGGGUCCUGGCGGCCCAAGCGGACCAAGGGGACCAAGCGGACCAUUCGGACCAGGUGGUCCUGGCGGCCCAAGCGGACCAAGGGGACCAAGCGGACCAUUCGGACCAGGUGGCCCUGGCGGACCUAAGGGACCUAGUGGACCAUCUGGACCAGGUGGACCUUUCGGACCUAGUGGACCGGGCGGACCUAGAGGACCAGGUGGACCAGGCGGACCAGGCGCGCCUCGCGCCCCGGGCGCUCCAUUCGGCGGAAAGCCUCUAGGAGUUGUAUUGCCCGUCCCAAGACCAGCAGGGCCGCAAUCUGGUCUGGCACUACCAGGAGCUCAAUUUACCUUCGGAAAGGCUACGGGAGUGUUUGUUCCUCCUACCACUACGGUUGUAGGCGUCGUUCCUGGAGUGCAGCGAACCUUUGGAUUCACAAGCGUUGGACCUGCUAAGACUACUGUUCUGGGGCCAUCCCUGCAGUUUGUUACCCACACUGUUGGCGGUGCGACCAUAAAGACUGGUGGAAUUCCAUCGACUGUGAUCGGACUUACGGGACCUGGUGUGCAGUAUACUUCACCGGCUAAAACGCCUGGACAGCCACAAGGGAAACCACUUGACUUCACACUUGUCUUGAAAGAACUAAAGGCGACCAGGUACCUUUCCUGGCUUCAGAAGUCAGGAGCACUCCAGUAUAUCAACGAUGGAGGAUUCUACACCAUUUUUGUGCCAAGUGACGAAGCCAUCGGGCAGAUUUCUGGCCAACUCCUUUCUAAGCUCGAGAGAGACACCGUGUUGCUGAGGCAACUGGUUCUGUACCACAUCGUGGUCGGAGACGUCUCGAUCGACAACGACAGUGUCUACCCAACAUUAGACGAGGGCUCUGGAUUGCGCUUCAAUAAGUACUUCAAUGGAAAGGUCGUCACUGCCUCCGGUGGAGUUAUCGGCACAAGGAAGCAACAAGGCAACUUUGUCUUCUACACUGUCGACCGAGUUCUUCACCGCCCUGGAGGAAGCAUCCUUGACGUCGUCCACCAGUCCAUCCUCCUGCCCAAGUUGGACGAGGCAAUCAAGUUCGCUGGACUCGAGGAAUACCUCUCCGGAGCCGGUCCGUACACCCUCUUCGCGCCCAGUGACAAGGCCUUCAAGAACGCCGUGGGAAUGGAGAAUGUUCUUCGCGACAGGGAAGCCCUAAAAGCCCUGCUGCUCCGUCAUAUCGUCCUCGGCACCGUGUACAGCGCCGGUGUUCAAGAAAACCAAGUUCUUAAGACGGUUGGAGGACUGGACCUCACAAUGAGAAUCAUCCCUGAAUGCAUCACAGUCAACGGUGUAAACGUCAACAACCCCGAUAACGUGGCGUCCAACGGAGUCAUCCACGUCAUCGAUCAUUUCCUGUAGGAAAACCAUAGGCGAUGCGUGCCGCGCUUCUUUCAUGUAAAUGUUUCACCAAUUUUUGUCGCAGUCUCGAAAAUAAAAGCGACUCUGGCACGCA